AUGCAGCCGUCGAACAAACAAGACCACCAUGAUCCGGCCCAGGGAAGGGAGGCUGAAAGGGACAUGCUGAGCCUGACCUUCGCCCUCCGCAACGGGAGGAAAGCUGGCAUCGCCAGGACAGCCAAAGUCUUCGAGAUGUUUGAAGCCAAAAUCCAUCACCUUGAAACUAGACCUGCUAGAAUAUCGAAAAAUGCUCCUGAUGACCUUGAUUUUUUUGUGAGAUGUGAAGUUCUGAACUGUGAAAUCAGCAGCCUUGUAAAUUCCUUAAAGAGGGUGGCAGAGGAUGUGAAAGCUCACAGAGAAGAAAAAGCCCCGUGGUUCCCAAAGAAAAUACGGGACCUUGACAAAUGCCAUCACCUGAUCACCAAGUAUGACCCUGAUUUGGAUCAUGACCACCCGGGAUACACGGACCCAGAAUACAGAAAGCGGAGGGCGUUCAUUGCUGACCUGGCCUUUAACUUCAGACAGGGUGACCCAUUGCCAAGAGUUGAGUAUACUGCCCAAGAAACAACUACAUGGAAAGAAAUCUAUCAGAAGCUGAACAGUCUGUACCCCACCCAUGCCUGUAAGCAAUACCUGGAUGCCUUUCACCAGCUAGAAAAAUACUGUGGAUACCAAGCAGACCAUAUCCCUCAACUACGAGAUGUGUCUGCAUUUUUAACAGAAAGGACAGGCUUCAAGUUGAGACCAGUCGCAGGGCUUCUGUCUGCCCGUGAUUUCCUUGCUGGCCUGGCAUUCCGCGUCUUUCACUGCACACAAUACAUAAGGCACCCAUCAUGCCCCAUGCAUUCCCCAGAACCUGAUUGCUGCCAUGAACUGCUGGGCCACAUCCCUAUGCUAGCCGACAAGGAAUUUGCACAGUUCUCUCAGAAUAUCGGACUGGCUUCCCUUGGAGCAUUGGAUGCAGAUAUAGAAAAACUGUCAACACUCUAUUGGUUUACUGUUGAGUUUGGUCUCUGCAAACAAAAUGGACAUAUCAAAGCCUAUGGAGCGGGUCUCCUUUCCUCCUAUGGGGAGCUGAUGUAUGCUUUAUCAACGAAGCCGGAAUACAAACCUUUCAACCCAAAUGUGAUGGUGGUCCAGCCUUACCAGGAUCAAACCUUUCAACCCAUCUAUUUCGUAGCAGACGAUUUUGAGGAUGCCAAGUCUCAGCUCCAGAAAUAUGCUCUUAUGAUCAAGAAGCCUUUUACUCUUCAUUACGAUCCCUUCACCUGCAACAUAGAGGUCCUUGAUUCUCCAGGGAAAGUGAAAGAAAUCAUCACGCGCUUGAAAGACGACCUGAAAAACCUCUGCCAUGCCUUUGAAAAACUCUCUUAA